AAAAUUUUUUAUUUUCAUGGAUGAUAGUUCAAGUCAAAAGGUGAAAAAAGUUCUUGCGCCCAUGGUAAGAGUGGGUACUUUACCUAUGCGUUUGCUGGCUUUGGAAUAUGGUGCUGAUCUCGUAUACAGCGAAGAAAUCAUCGACAGGAAUUUUCUGGACUGUUAUAUUCACAAUAAUGAAAAAUAUUCUAUCAAAGAGUGGAUAUCCAACAAAACCCAACUUUGUUUCUUCAGUACUUGUAAUCAAGAAAGAGAUCAUCUGAUAGUCCAGUUGGGAACGAGUAACGGGAAUUGUGCUUGGAAGGCUGCAGAAAAGAUUAUUCCCUUUUGUAGAGGAAUCGAUGUGAACAUGGGUUGUCCUUUAUUGUAUUCUACCAAAGGAGGUAUGGGAUCUGCUCUAUUGAAGACUCCAGAAAUAGCUUCGGAUAUUAUCAAGACAUUGAGAAGAAAUUUACCUAAUGAAUAUUCGGUAACUGCCAAAAUUCGUCUCUUUCCUGUUUUACAGGAUACCAUCGAUUUUGUUCAUAUGUUAGCAAAUAGUGGUGUGGAUGCGGUAGCUAUUCACGCUCGCCAAGUUCACGAAAGAGCCAAAGACAAAGCAAACUGGAGUCAACUUGCACAAAUUGCAAGUCAUGUGGUGAAUGUUCCUUUAUUGGGUAAUGGAGAUAUUUUUUCUUUACAAGAUAUGCAACGGAUGAAAGAUCAAACGGGAAUAUCUCAGUGGAUGAUUGCGAGAAUGGCCCAGUGGAAUGUUUCUGUUUUCCAAGGAACAUUGGAUUGUAUAAACAAUGUCAUUCUGAGAUAUGCAAAACUGGCAGAAGAGACCAACACGUACUAUGGAUUGGCAAAAUAUUGUAUACAACAAAUGAUCAAAUAUCAAAAAUGGACAAGAACAGAAUUCGCUUCCAAAGUAAGCAUAAGCAAGUAAUCCAUAGUCUUCUCAUUUUUUGUGGUAAAAGGUGAAUUACGCCCGAUGUUGGAAAGACUUGAAAGAUUCGUUGGUUCUUAUGCCGCCCGCUCUUUCUCUUUAUGAAUGAAAAAGGAAGUUGUGUU